AUGAUGAGUUACGUUGUAGGACGUAAAGAUCUCGUAAAAAAGCACAAUCAGCAGUUCGAAUUGGCAAAGACAUCGGUGAAUGGUUUCAAGCAAAUCAGGUCAAAGUAUAGAGAACGUCGAAAUAUUCGACUAUCUUGGGAGCCUGAUAAUCUGGGACAACAACUGCUCAGAAAUCUGAAAAUUCAACCACAACGUGCAGAAGUAGUGACUGAUUGUGGUGAAUUACAAGAACAAUGUGCACAUGUAGCAAAUGAUUGUGAUAAAUUAGAACAACAACGUGAAUGUGCUAUUAAAUCUGUUUCUGUUCAAACUGAUAUUGAAGAUGCUUUUGCUAGAAGUGUGGUUUUAAGUUUAACAGCUGAUGAUACAUUAAUUAAUACUGUUGUCCCUCAAGAUGUCCUAUCAUGUCAUUUUGAAAAUGACAUCGAAAUCCAUAGUUAUAAGAAUAAUCCCAUGCUUUACUAA